GCCGCCUCCUGCCGCGUCAGCGGCGAUCUCUGCAACCCAGAAGACUACUUCGAGUGCCCGAAGGGGUUCGAAGAAGCCCACAAGAAGAGGUCGUGGUCUAAGAAGCUCACGUUGAUCAAGAAGCUCAAGGCGUCGAAAGAUUAUCUGAAGUCCCUCUUCGCUAGCUCCGGCCACAGGAGGUCGUCUAAUAACAAACCCUCUACUACCUCUUCCUCGUCUCCGUCUUCGUCGAGCUCCUCCUCCGACUCCUCCUCCUCCUCGUUCUCGAGAGUAGUUUUGAGGAGGAGCAGCAGCGUGAGCUCGGACAAAGAGGGUUCCGUCCAAGCGGCGAUCGCUUACUGCAAGAAAUCUCAGCAGAGGGUUUGUGGGAGGAAGAGUGUGAGUGAUGUCGAGUUUCUGUUUGGUGCCAGAAUCUAGAACCGCUCGGAUCUCUUUUUGUUCUGGAUCGCAAAGUUUCGGUCAUGGUUUUGUUUCGGUAGGGAGUGAUUCUUCAGCUCCGAUGAAGUCGACUUAAUUGGUGUAAAUUUUACUUGAUUGCGGCUGUUUUGAUUUCUGCAGUUUUGUUGACGAAGUUGUUGGUUAUUUAUGGCGAGAGUAAUUUGUUAAGCGAGGAGAGAAAUAUAAGGUCAUUUAGGGUUGAUUUGCGCUCUAGGGAUUUUGAAAAUUUUGGUGCUUUCAGUGACCAAAUGACUUUUAACUAGCUGUCUUCAUGUAUUAAAUUUUCAAAGUCUGUAUCAUCCGAAUCAUGUUUGGACCAGCAGAUAUGGAUAAAUAUAUCAAUUUUA